AUGCCUACUACACAAGGCUUCGAGAUCUUGGUCGAAGGGGUUGACGGAGUGCCCUUCGCCACGUAUGGCACGAAAUUGUUGAGUGGAGGGAUCAUUUCAACGAAAAUCCAAGCCAAAAACGGUGUCACAUUCCGGAUUCGAGUCAAGCCGCAAUUCCCAUUUCCUGAACCGAGAGACGUCCCCCAGAGCCAAGGCAGGUACAAACUGAGACCUUCCACGCAACAUGCUGGAUCGUCAGAUACAAGAGAUGCCAUCGACUGCGAGUCAUCAAAAACAAGUGGGAAAACAAAAGAUCCGAUUUGUUAUGUCGCUUAUGUGUUUAUCGAUGGCAACAAGACAGCUGAAUGCACGGGUGUUAUUGUCGUGGACCCCGAGCGUAGCACAUACAGCGCAAAAGGCUACGUGCUUGACGGUCGAUGCACUCUCCUGGAUGGUUUGGAGACUCAAAACCACGCGGAGCAUGACUUGGCGCCCAACAUGUCAGUCUGUCCAUGGGUAUUUACAGAGAGGGGGAUUGAUGUUCUGCUGAGUCGAAUGGACAUUUCAAAGGCAGAUCCUGACAUUCCGUCAACGAAAAUGGAGCAGGAAGUGGCCGACCUUACGCAAGCAAUGGCCGACGACAACUUAACACCUGCCAACGGGAAGCGAGGACAAAUCGAGGUUAGGAUCGUCAGAGCUGUACAUGUUGCCCAGAUGAGCCCGGAUUCAUACUGGAAGCGAAAGGAAGAAGGGGGUGCCAGAAGUGACGACGAUAAAACGCACGAUGUUACGCUUGACUGGGAUAAAGAGGAACAUGUCCGCAUGAUCGGCAUCAAAUACCGCCGGUAUCGUCGAGACGAGGCAUUUCUAUGCAAAAUCAUCUUCCAAUAUAUGGACAUUGCCAAACUCGUGAGCCUUGGAUUAUGCACGACAGAUGGCACACCGAUUGAGCAUCGCCCAGGGGGAAGUAACGGCGGUCCUUCGGCGAUGCCGUUCAGCAGUCUUGAUUCACAGCUCAGUCCUUUGAAGCGUGUGAGGUAUCUAGAGCCAGAGCAGGGCAAGAGCGGCGAGUCUGAAUUAGACAAGUCUCAGUCAAGUGAGGAAGAAAACUCGGCUUCAAACACAACGACCGACUCGGACGUGCCUCUGCUAAAGCGUCGUGGAGCAAUCAGAAGACGCCAGGCUAUGACAUUGGGCGAAGAGAAGGGACUUGGACGAAAAGGUCCGGCAACUGUCGAUUCAACAGCCCACAGCCUCAGCGAAGCGUGGAAGUUUGAAAGGUAA